CGCUCGAUAAGCUUGCCAAGUAUCGACGUUCCCGCAUUUAAUUUAGUCUAAUUCCUGAAAACUAUGACCCGGCCUUUGGCUUAAGUUAUGACAGUGAAAGCCUCGAUCUGAACCGUGCUGUAUCUGUCCUCCCGCCUCUGAUGUGAUCCCGCUCUUCGCAUGGAUGAAAAGUUGAACCGCAGUACUCCAGCAACAGCGAAACCAAGAAAUCCAAUUCAACCCCUUAAAACUCCUCUAUGACGUCCCCAUACCAGCCAUCCGUAUCGUACUCGCCGUCGGUGAACGGCCCCGAUAUGACGGCUGCGCCCUCCAGACCCGUCUCCGACCUCCCGCAAUCCCAAGUCGAUGCGAUCAUUCGAACGAAACGCAAAGCGCGUGAACCGAAGGCGUGCUAUCCCUGCCAUGCGCGAAAAGUGAAAUGUGACCGCAACCUCCCCUGUGAUGGCUGUGUCAAGCGCGACCAUGCCGAUCUUUGUUCGUACGAACGCCCGUCCAAAAAACGCAUCAUGGGCGGCUCGGGCCCUCCCCAGUAUCGCGACAGCCCCGUCGGAGCGGCAACACCGGGUGGAGCGGAAAGCAUCGGACUCCCCAAUUCCGCUGAAACGCCUAUUCGGUUAAAACAGGAACCGGUCGCAGCGAGACCCACCCCCUUGGUGUCUGCCGGUCGAGUGUCAGUUGCGCGCGAGGAGUGGGAUAAUGUGCGCAAUAGAUUAAAGGAGAUGGAGCAAACUAUUAUCAAUCUCCGUGUUGGACUGGAGAAGACAGAGGAAGGACAGGCCUCCCCAUUGGAGACGGGCAGCGUGCAGAGCGGCGACGCAAGCAAUCGGUCCAAAGCCGCUUCCCCAGAACGGGAGGGGAUCCAUGCGGCAAACACCUUGGGCGAGGGCACUGUCCACCUGGGAUCUCGAUCUGUCCUUGCCUACAUACUGAACAAUAAGUCCGGGUCUGACCAGCUACAAGCGCUGCUGGAGGGAGGUAUCUUGCCGAAGUUGGGUCUUGAUAAUGAAUCGGCGACGUAUCCGUUUGUCGACUUAUGGUCGUCCGAUAUGUCCACAUUCGAUAUAAGCGCUGUUUGUAGUGCGCUCCCAAGUGAUCAGCAGUGCAUGGAGUUUUUCUACUACUACCGAGACAUAGCAGGUGCCAUAUAUCCUGUUAUCGAGGACCUGCCGAACUUCGAGAUGCACCUUAAUCAUCUGUUAAGAAAUAGGUCGGCCACUGGUGGGAUAUACCGAGCGGGUGACGAUCAGGCUCAGAGACCCUUUGGUGUUUCUAUAGCAUAUCUUGGCUUGUUGUUUGCUGUGCUGGCUUCGGGCUGUCAGUCCUCCGAUUUGCCCGGGAAAGAGAGAGAGUUAACAUCGCAAGUAUAUGUCUGCUGCUCUUACCAGUGUCUUCGAAUGACCAAUUUUCUGUCCCAACCAACCAUAGACGCUAUCCAAACGCUCCUUGUGAUUGGGAAUGUUUUGUCCUACAAUAUGAACCCGGGAAUCUCCUAUGUUCUCCUUGGCAUGACCCUUCGAAUGGGACUGGCACUCGGGUUGCAUGUUGAAUCGAGCCGUUUCUCUGCAGCAGAGAGAUAUCGUCGGCGGCAUGUUUGGUGGUCCAUGGCUUGGCAGGACAGUCAUUUCUCUCUUUCUUACGAUCGACCAUCAACCACGGCCGUCUGCCAGCCAGAAAUUGCAUAUAGACAGGACUCGACACCUGGCGAGCUGUCGUAUUUCGAAACUCUCUGCCGGAUUAUUUCCCUGGCCUUGGAGGUUGUGCGCAGCCGAAUGCUCAGUCCUCACGCACAAUUGAGCCAGAAGACCAUCCAUGCUUACAAAGAAAGGAUCCAGCAUAUCAUGAUCGAAGCAAAACCUUAUCUGCGUGACCGGAAGUAUUGCUUCUCGACAUCCGAACAUCUCGAACGGGUUGUACUGAAGCUGCAUUCCUCUUAUUUCUCGUCUGAGCUCCUCCGGCCAUCGCUUAAAGCCACCGCCGACCCCAACGACCCGCUCACCACCAGUAUGCGUUCUGACUGCGUCAGAAACUUGAUGACAACCGUCGAAGCCUAUGUUGAAAUGCAUUCCGUUAGCUCCCAUGCAUCCCGGUCCUGGAUCGCUUUGCAGCGCGCGAUCAGUUCGAUCUUCUUGUUAGCGGUCACAGACGAAUCGAAGACCAACCCCCAUUUCUGGACCCUCUUACACGAUAUGAAGACGAUCAUCGCGGAACGUGCCAACGCAGAAGGGCUGUUUGGAUCGGCCGAAGUGUCUGGUCUUCAGACGGAUCGCAACGCCGCUUUCAAUGGGUCCAUUCCUACCACCACUACCACAACAGCUACUAGCCCUGCUGCUCUUAGCUCCGCCUCCCCUGCAUCCGCUGCAGUUGCAGUCGAUACUCAGACCCAGUGGGCCAAGCCCCUGACCAAGACUCUCCGUGCGCUGGAAAAACUCGAAAAUGCCUUUAGCUCCCAUGGCCAGUUGCCAUCGGGUCAGGGCACGUCGCCCGCCUACUUGAACCCGUCUACAGCAUCUUUGCAGAACCUUGCACCUCCUGUUUCUACUGGCAUGACCCCUAGUCUCGGAUCCCUUCCGCCCCCCACGCCCGAGAGUUCCACGAGCGGGGAGUGGACCAUCCCUAACAUCCUUGACCGAGCUGCGGAGUAUAUCCACCCACCGCUCUGGAGUUGACUGAUUCUCUCGAUCUGUGGAAUUCUGCACUGGGCGUUAUGAUUGUUUCAUUUAUGAUUGCACGGAUUAGCUUACUGGGGGAGUAUAUAUGCGUUCGGUUGUAAAUCUUCGGCCCUGGUGUUUCUGUUCGAUUUACCUUUUUUUGGCCAUGUUAUUGUAAAAUUCGGGUCUUUGUUCCGCUAACCUCUACUUCAUCCGGGCACCCAUUUAUCUUGAGGAUAUUUGAUAGAAAUCAGAAAUACUAUAAUUUGCGAAUAUGCA